AGCGAACUACCAGCGCGUUUCCCAGAGCAGAUCCGAAGAUACGAAAUAUGAUCGUCAAGAGUAGCGAGAGAAUAUGCAACAUCAACUUUAUCUCUUCUGAACCUUAUGUAACAUCACUCAAUUCCGUGUCAAACCCAAACCCUAAUGAGAGUUUGGCUUCUGAUAAGAACCCUUUUGCCGGAGUGCCAAUGAUUGUGAACAGUUUUCGUCGACUGUGUCAUCACAUUGAUCAUCAUCAGAUACAAGCACGCAAUCUCACUGGGAAAUUAAAUGUUUUGAGGAAGUAUAUGUACAACUACCAAGCGCUCAACAGUUGUACGGUGUACACAAAGAGGACACUCAAGUUUAAUCAGUUGAAACGGAAUGAGAACUUAACGGCAGUGAGCGAGAUGAAUUUGAUUUGUUUUUGUUUGGAUCUGGAUACAGGCCAGUGGCAGGAAAAGUUUCGUUCGUCUCAACGUCCUCACAAGAAUAAAAGGGCAAAGUAUGAAGUGUUUCCCUUGGAUUGCUCGAUGAAGAUCAAACUAUUUGCUGAAGCUAAGCGCAAUAUGUUUGCGCCUUUCCCGGUAAUGCAGCAGUUUGUAAUAGAGACUAACGAGUCUGCUAUUGUCAACCUGUUUAAUGAUGGACACCCCCAUAACGGCGUCUCCGAUGUGAUCGCGAAUGCGUCUUCUUUUCGAAUAUCCGAUAAUGAUAAACGGGUUGGACCUCUUCAAUCCAUGACCAAUCGAACUGCAACGAAUCAAUAUGAGCGACUUUGGAAUCGUUCCCUUGGCAAUCAUCGUGUUCGUGACCGGUAUCGGGAGUAUUCUCGUUUGUGUUCUUACAGUCUAGAGCGACCACAAGGAUGUGCUCGAGUAGAACGAAUAUCGCCUCAAUAUUACGAGUGGAACCAUAUCAGCAAGAAGCACAAAGGAAAGGAAGAAACAUUUGUGAUGGGGUGGUACCACAAGCGAAUCUUGUUACUGUUCAAAAUCCUUCGUCUCAAGGUGAAGGCCAUCUACGUGGCCUUGAUGAUGGACAAAUCGGCCGUCGACGAUCGCAAUUACUACGACAACAAACGGCUGGAACGGGCCGGUUCGCUGAUGUUCGAGCAUCUGUUCGAGCGCUUCAAUUGGGAACUGAAAAUGAUCGCCAACAAGAACAUUCCCAAGAUGAAGACGGCCCAAUACGAUGUGGUGAAGCACAUGCGUGCGGCGUUGAUUUUCACCAGGCUGGAAACGACCAUUUCGAUAGGGAAUUGGGCGAUCAAACGGUUCAAGAUGGAACGUGCCGGAAUGACGCAGGUGUUUUCGCGAUUGAGUUUCAUUUCGGCGCUUGGUAUGAUGGCCAGGAUGAACUCUCAGUUCGAGAAGACGCGGAAGGUUUCCGAACUGCGCUCGCUGCAGCCAAGUCAGUUGGGAAUGCUUUGUCCGUUGGAUAGUCCUGAAGGAGAGGCUAGCGGUUUGGUGAAGAAUCUGGCGUUGAUGACCCGUAUUACAACGGUGGUGGAAGAAGAGUCGGCGAUCCGCUUGACUUAUAAUUCCGGAGUGAAGGACAUCCGUUUGCUUGGGGGAGAGACCAUCAAUAAUCCGGAGGUUUUCAUGGUUUUUUAUUAAUGGUAACAUUCUGGGAGUUUCGAUCGGGUAUAAGCGACUGGUUGAGGUGUUCCGAAUGAUGAGAAGAAAGGGUCUGAUUGGAUCUUUUGUGUUGAUUCAUACGUCUUUUACGCAGUGUUGUGUGUACAUUCACACGGAUGGAGGUCGUCUAUGUCGACUGUCCAUAAUUGACCAGAAUGGAAGACCUUUGGUUCAACAGGAGCACAUCGAGCAGCUCAAAAUUGGAUUGAGGAAGUUAGACGACUUCUUCUACUACGGUUUGAUCGAAUAUCUUGAUGUAAAUGAGGAAGACGACACAAUUUAUGAUGUAACAAUUUGAAGCAACGACAGUGUGUCCAUGACUAGAAGCUUGUAUUUCUUCAAUCAACGAUCGUCUAAUAGCGAUCCAAACUACUAUAAUAUUAAAAGACAUGGCAAAGGCUUCUUUUGAUAGGUAACGACGGUAGUAUAAAUGAAGUAAUUUCAACGAGUUUGUGAAUGGCAGUAGCUACGCUUAAUACUAAGACAGGUUUGUUCGUUAUUAUGACUGCGAGGUUGAAUGGAUCGGCCUUCACGUCGAUCGUAACAACUUAAGCGAUUACAGUUAUUAAUUGGUUGUAAAACUGUGAUCAAUACCCAGUGUUACGGGGGGGAGUGUUGCCGCUGGGGGCACUGCCAAAGCUUCGUACUGUAAUCGCUACUGUUUGACAACGACUGUCAACUCUUGACAGCGGUAAAAAUGACAGUAAAAGAAUAAAACAGAUCUUAGAUGUAAAGAAAAAGAAAUUCAGAAAACUUACAACUAGAGUGAAUUGAAUUAGCUAAUCCUAAAUGUUAUCACUAUUCUAGUCAAUAACAUGCAAAGUCCAAUUGUGAGGUUAAAAUGAUAUAACUGUUACGUCGGGGAGAACAAUGUGGAUUGUAAUUGCGUAAAAGCACCGAAAGUUUUAAAGCUGCGCUAAACCACAAAUUUCACCGUGCGGUUUUCAUGCUGCUGACGACCCGGUGUCCAGCCGUAAACCAAGAGUUCCCCGCCAACAGUCACC